AUGUGUUACUACAGCAGCUACAUUGGAGGCCUGGGUUAUGGCUAUGGUGGCCUAGGCUGUGGCUAUGGUGGUGGCUAUGGUGGCUAUGGUGGCUAUGGUUAUGGCUGCUGUCGCCCACUGUGCUGUAGAAGGUACUGGUCCUAUGGCUUCUACUGA